AUGAAUAGAGGUACUAAUGUUCAAAACAAUCCACCUUCUCGUGUAGUAUACUUGGGUUCUAUACCAUAUGACCAGACAGAGGAGCAACUGUUAGAUUUGUGUCGUAAUGUUGGUCCUGUGGUGAAUUUGAAGUUGAUGUUUGAUCCACAAACUGGGAAAUCUAAAGGUUAUGCAUUUGUCGAGUAUAAGGAUUUAGAGACUAGUGCAAGUGCUGUUCGUAACUUGAAUGGUUAUCCAAUCGGUUCUAGAUUUCUAAAAUGUGGUUAUUCUAGCAAUAGUGAUAUUGGUAGUGGUGGUGGUAAUGAUUUGAUUGGUAAUGAUCAAGAUUUUGGAAAUAAUAAUGGUAGUAGUAAUGGUAACAGUUCAAAUACAUUCUUACGAUUUCCUGAGUUGCCUUCUGGUAUUGACGUCAAUAUAAAUAUGACUACACCAGCAAUGAUGAUAUCCAGUGAAUUGUCUAAGAAGAGUCCUGAGGAACAAUUAGAGAUCCUAUCAAAGUUUCAAGAUUGGAGCAAAGAAAAUUUAGAUGAUGCAAUUGCACUAUUAGAAGAGUGCCCACAACUGGUCAUUUCCUUUGCUGAAAUGUUAUUAACUAAUGGUAUUUCAAAAACAGACGAUCUGCUUCCCUUGGCGGUUCAAUCGAAUACUAACUCUAAUGACCAAAACCAAAAUGAAUCUGAUAAGGAUCCUAAACUCCAGGAAAAGCAAAAAAAUCUAUUGAAACAAGUAUUACAAUUAAGUGAUAGCGAAAUUUCAAUCUUACCAGAUGAUGAAAGAAUGGCCAUAUGGGAUAUCAAGCAAAAGGCAAUGAAGGGAGAAUACGGAAUGAUAUGA